GGCGUCGGCGCGGCUGUGGCGGGACUGCACAGGACCGGACUGGGUGGAGGCUGCCAGGCCCGUCCGCCCCGGCUCGGGGAGGCCUGAGCUGCCUGUGCGUGUCCCUCCUGCUGCGGCACGACGCUUGCGUGGGUGCCUCAGGGGUCUGUGGGGCCGGCCCCCUGUGGAUGAUGGCCCCUCAGAGCUCCGGGAGGCCACAUCCCAGAAGGGAUCUCGGUUGUGAGGAGAACAGCCUGGUCCUGUCUCCAGGGGGAGCUAAUAUCGGUGCUGCAUCGCCUGUGGAGGCCACAGACCUGCUCCAAGGCACCUUGCAGAACCUGGAACUUUGAGCAGUGUUUGCAACCCACUUCCUACCACUGACAGCAGGGGAGAGAGCAGCGAGCUGGAACACCCUGGGCUUUGCUGAAGGAGCAGGAACUGCCCAGACCUCUGCUUCCUGAUGCUGUUCUCUAACUGGUCUUACCACUGGACACAUGGCAGCUGUUUCUGAUGUAAAAAGGUGUGUGAACACAGAAACAAUGUUCUGACCACCUUGGCAGCUGGGAUGCCUCAACGUGCACAUAAUGUUCAUCAAGGGCCCCCUGCAAGCCUUUUCCAGCCGCCCCGUCGCCCAGGCCUGGGAACUGUUGGGAAACCCAUCCGCCUCCUGGCCAAUCACUUUCAGGUUCAGAUCCCUAAAAUUGAUGUUUAUCACUAUGAUGUAGAUAUCAAACCAGAGAAACGCCCACGGAGAGUGAACAGGGAGGUGGUGGAUACCAUGGUGAGGCACUUCAAGAUGCAGAUAUUUGGAGAUCGGCAGCCUGGCUAUGAUGGGAAGCGGAACAUGUACACUGCACACCCACUGCCUAUCGGCCGGGAUAGAGUGGAUAUGGAGGUGACACUUCCAGGAGAGGGGAAGGACCAGACCUUUAAAGUAUCCAUUCAGUGGGUGUCAGUUGUCAGCCUUCAGCUGCUGCUGGAAGCUCUGGCAGGGCACUUGAAUGAAGUUCCUGAAGAUUCUGUACAGGCUCUUGAUGUGAUCACACGGCACCUUCCCUCCAUGAGGUACACUCCCGUCGGCCGCUCCUUCUUCUCCCCCCCUGAAGGCUACUACCACCCCCUGGGAGGGGGCAGAGAGGUUUGGUUUGGUUUCCACCAGUCAGUCAGGCCUGCCAUGUGGAACAUGAUGCUCAACAUUGAUGUGUCAGCAACUGCUUUCUAUCGUGCCCAGCCUAUCAUUGAGUUCAUGUGUGAGGUCUUGGACAUUCAGAACAUCAGUGAACAGAGCAAGCCUCUUACAGACUCCCAGCGUGUCAAGUUUACCAAAGAAAUCAGAGGUCUAAAAGUAGAGGUAACCCAUUGUGGCCAGAUGAAGAGAAAAUACCGAGUCUGCAAUGUUACUCGCCGACCAGCCAGUCACCAGACGUUUCCUCUGCAACUGGAAAAUGGGCAGGCUAUGGAGUGUACAGUAGCUCAGUAUUUUAAGCAGAAGUACAGUCUGCAGCUAAAAUAUCCUCACCUUCCCUGUCUCCAAGUAGGACAGGAACAGAAACACACCUACUUACCACUGGAGGUGUGUAACAUUGUGGCAGGCCAGAGAUGUAUAAAGAAGCUAACGGACAAUCAGACAUCAACCAUGAUAAAAGCAACUGCAAGAUCUGCACCAGACCGACAGGAGGAAAUCAGCAGAUUAGUGAAAAGUAACAGCAUGGUUGGGGGACCUGACCCAUAUCUGAAGGAGUUUGGUAUUGUUGUCCAUAACGAAAUGACAGAGUUGACAGGCAGAGUUUUGCCAGCACCAAUGCUUCAAUAUGGAGGCAGGAACAAGACUGUGGCCACACCAAACCAAGGUGUGUGGGACAUGAGAGGGAAACAGUUCUAUGCUGGCAUUGAGAUUAAAGUUUGGGCUGUUGCCUGUUUUGCUCCUCAAAAACAAUGCAGGGAAGACUUACUAAAGAGUUUCACGGACCAGCUGCGCAAGAUCUCCAAGGAUGCCGGGAUGCCCAUCCAAGGCCAGCCCUGCUUCUGCAAAUAUGCCCAGGGUGCAGACAGUGUGGAGCCCAUGUUUAAACACUUAAAACUGACUUACGUUGGUCUGCAGCUGAUUGUGGUGAUUCUGCCUGGAAAGACGCCGGUGUACGCUGAAGUAAAGCGGGUUGGUGACACUCUUCUAGGAAUGGCCACUCAGUGUGUUCAGGUAAAGAAUGUGGUGAAAACCUCACCACAAACGCUGUCCAACCUGUGUCUGAAGAUAAAUGCCAAGCUUGGGGGAAUCAACAACGUGCUUGUACCUCAUCAAAGGCCAUCGGUGUUCCAGCAGCCAGUCAUCUUUCUGGGAGCAGAUGUCACUCACCCUCCCGCUGGGGAUGGGAAGAAGCCGUCCAUAGCAGCUGUGGUGGGCAGCAUGGACGGACACCCCAGCCGUUACUGUGCCACUGUACGUGUGCAGACCUCACGGCAGGAGACCUCCCAGGAGCUGCUCUACAGCCAGGAGGUGAUCCAGGACCUGACCAACAUGGUGCGAGAACUGUUGAUCCAGUUUUACAAAUCCACUCGGUUCAAGCCCACGCGGAUCAUUUACUACAGAGGGGGAGUAUCAGAAGGCCAGAUGAAGCAGGUAGCUUGGCCAGAGCUGAUAGCGAUCCGGAAGGCCUGUAUUAGUUUGGAAGAAGAUUAUAGACCAGGAAUAACCUACAUUGUUGUGCAGAAAAGGCAUCACACCAGACUAUUCUGUGCUGACAAAACCGAAAGGGUGGGUAAGAGCGGCAACGUACCAGCAGGCACUACUGUGGACAGCACCAUCACACAUCCUUCUGAAUUUGACUUUUACCUCUGUAGCCAUGCAGGAAUUCAGGGAACCAGCCGGCCCUCCCACUACCAGGUCUUGUGGGAUGACAACUGUUUCACUGCAGAUGAGCUGCAGCUGUUGACGUACCAGCUGUGUCACACAUACGUCCGGUGCACACGCUCGGUCUCCAUUCCAGCUCCUGCCUAUUACGCCAGGCUGGUAGCAUUUAGGGCCAGGUACCAUCUUGUGGACAAGGAUCACGACAGCGCUGAAGGCAGCCACGUGUCGGGACAGAGCAAUGGCCGUGACCCUCAGGCUCUGGCAAAGGCAGUGCAGAUCCACCAUGACACUCAGCAUACGAUGUAUUUUGCUUGAGAGUAUCUGGGAAGAUGAGUUAAAACCCAACAACCCGUGCAGUCCUGAAAUGUUUUGAACGCCUACUGCUCUAGCUAGGGCCCAUUUCUUUCAGACUGCCCACUACCAGCAGCGCUGAACAGUCGCACUGAAUCUGUACUUCACAGCAAUGUCUGAUGCACCAACACAAUUGAGCCAUUUGUUCCAUUGUUUUCUGUAAUAGAGAUUCAUAGACUUUGUCUUUUCUGAUGCAUUGGACUGAAUUUUUACCUCAAAGCGCAAAAGGCCGAUCAUCCUGAAAUUUUUCAAGGACUUGGCACGAAAGGUUUCUAUUGAGUAUUUUGCUAGCUAUUGUUUUUGAGUUCUCCUCUCAUCUCAUCAGUUGGUCAUGACGACUGAUGCCCUGUCUCCACGCACUUGCUUAGUGAGUAUGGCAAAAAACCGACGUUUUGACUCCAGUUAAAUGUAACUGUUCUCUUGUGUGGGGCCAUAGGUUUUUUUAAAUGGAGAUUUUAAGACUUCACUACUGUAAAUGCCUUUUAACAAACAUUCACUUUCACAGGUAUUGCAGUUUUUUUGUCAGUUUUACUAACUCUCUUUUUAAUCUCUGCAGACUCGGGCUGCAAAGCAAUUGCACUAUACUGCGAGUUCAAAUAGGUGGUUCUUGUUCUGUGAAUGUGUAAUAUAACCAGCUAGUGAUGCCUGUCAGUAGGUUUUCAUUCUAAUGGUUACAAAGAAUACUGCCAUGGUGUCGUUAACAAGUACUGAACCAUCACUUCCCCCUCUAAAAAAAAAUGAUAAAAACAAACAAAAAAAACCCCCAUUAGCUUGUAGGUAUUUUGCAGACUUUUACAAAAGUGCCCACUUUAUGCUGCUGUGUGGUUUGAUAAAUCUUAAGUGAUUUUAAAACUUUUUUCUCAUAGGAGGUUGAACUUUGGCAAUAAAUAUUUGGUUUUUGUAAGCCCCCCCUAACAGUGGAAUUUUCUAGCUGAGGAUUGUGCAUGAGUUGAACCAACAUUCUCGUGUCCUUUUCUGAACACACGAUUUGGCAGUUUCUGUAAUUAGAAAAGACACACUUCCAUGCUUUUUUUUUUUGAAGAAUUGUUUCUAACUGUUUUCUAGUCACUGUUGGUGUCCUGUCUACAGCAUUUUUUAUAAGCUUGGCAACUGGGUGUUACGUGUAGGAAAGGCUUGCCAACCUGUACAGGCUUCAACGUGUACUGUGUGACAGGCAACCUGAGGACUUGUACCAGCAUUCUAACCUUCUUUCUUUUCCCUAGGAAUCUAGGUUGCUCACACAACUGCAUCCAACAGCAUGUUUAACCAACUCCAGUCUCAUACACUGAUUCUGUCCCAGCCUAGAAAUUAGGGGUUUUUGAAUCUGCUUGGCUUUAUUUCAGCUGCAAUGUGUGAUAAAGAACAGGGGCUUGGUUUCCCCGAACGCUCUUAGUUGGAGUCUACAAACACAGUGUGUUAGGAGUAGGUUCCUCCUAGUGUUAACCUGAGGUAGCACAGAUUAAAAGCUUAUUCUGAAGCCGAGUAGAGCUCACACCACUGCUUUGGUAACAAGUUUGAGGAGUCCCAAGGAUUGCACUGUGGUCUCAGCCUGGGGUUUGCUGCUAAGUUGUCUGCUGUUCCAAAGCAUAGGAACCAGCCCCCUCAAAAUGUCAGCAAUAUGAAAUGCUGUUUUCCUUCAGUCUUUAAGCUUGUAAAUAACGUAAAGUUUACAUUUGUAAAGGCUGUUUUAUUCAGUUGUACCAGAGUACACUGAACUUAAGUCUCCAGACAGUUUGAUAUCCUCCUUUCAAGUAGUACGUCUCAUUAAAUUAAGUUUAACCUUGUUUCAGUUCUGUUGGAAAUGGGACUGAAGUGAUCUCUGCUCCUGGCACGUUCUGUGGACAGGUUUAGAUUGAAAAAAGAAAAGGUUCUCUUUAGGUUUAUUUUAAUUGUUAUUUUAUUUAAAGAAUACCUCACUUGUGUAAUAAAAUCAGGACAUGUGGGUGGGAGACUGACCGCUGCUUCAGCUAGAUGGCUGCUUUUCUCAGUACUCGUUCAGGGAGAAUACAAAAAAAACCCCUUUUAGACUGAACUCUGACUGACCCAACACACAUGGAGAAUUUUGGCACCUUGAAAAGAAACGGAGCACCCUUUUUUAGAUUGUAGGAUCAAAGAUCGCUACUUUAGGUUUGUGCACUAGGCAGGAACGUGGCUGGCUUAAUCACGGGUGCAUAAUACUGAAUUUUAUCAGCAGUUAGUUAGUUGUCCAGUGCCAAGCACUCCUAGUUUGGAUUGAGUGAAGUGAGAGCCUCUCCUUUGUUUGCCUGUGAGCGGACUGAAUAUUUAACCUCAGACUACGUGGAUUGUUAGACCUCGGCCAGCCUGGGGAUGUGGGGCCAGAGCCUGAGCUCCAGCUUGUGUGAAAACACCCCUGCAGAGGAACGCUGCUCCUCAGGGCACAGUGCAGUCCCUCUGGGAGGAGGAGAAGCCCUGAGGUUCAGGACCCUCGCCUGGGGUAACGGCAAGAUCAAAGUUUGGGCAGUUGCUGCCCUACUCUUGUCUGAGUCCAAGUCUGGAGGUCGGGUUUGAGGAUGGGGAUGAACCCCUCGGGCCUGACCCAAUCGUUAUGCAUGUGUCAAUCAAUGGGAAGAUGUGCAUUCGUAGAUGUAGCUCUUAGGGUGUUUUGUUUGGGUUUUGGGUUUUUCUUUGUUUUUUAUAACUAAAGCCUGUUGGCCACUGUUUUAGCUCUGUGGUGUGAAAGACUUUUAAAUGUAGCAAAGUUUAAAGAGUUGGGGAAAGGGGGUGGUUGGCAUUUAAAAAACAAAUCAAAAGGCAGCAAUCCCAUUCCCAAACCCGUUGUGUUUGCUUCGUGAACGGCUGAACUCUGCACAAGCUUUGGCAGUCGCUACUUUAGCCCGUCUCAACCGUUCCACCAGCCUGGCUUGUGUGUUGCUUUAAGUACCACGGUUCGUGUCGUGCCUGUAGCUGCUUCCAACGGGCAUUAGAGGCAGCCAACGCUUCCCGCAGCUUGUCCCUCGCCCAGACACAGCGUCACACUCACUUCCCCUCCACGCCAGCUUUGCUCUUGGGAUGGGGAAAGACACCGUUGUUCAGAUCCAGUGUUUUAACUAAACCAACCCCCCCCUCCAAGUACCUUUGUGGAUGUGCUGUAGGAUUUUUUUCUUGCUCGAUAGCAAGGGAGCGACUCCGCUUUCAUUUUCAGAAGGCAGGGUUCGGCGGGCAUUGUAUCAAUACUGUCUCAACUGCAAGGUUGUUUUUCCUUGUGCCCUGGAGGAAAGGACCUUGUGAUAUCAAUUUAACAGAGUUUCUUAUUCCUUGCUAUUGACAUUUUCAUAUUUCUAUGUCUAGAGGCUGAAACUUCAAUGUGAGAUGUUUGCAUUCGUUCCUUUGGACUUAAGCUGUAAUUUGAUUUGGUUUGUUUCUGUAUGGUUAGACUUGUAACGUUGAGAACUGUAUUUUAUUAAACUUGGACUUUGGAUGUAUGUCUCUAGCAAUACGAGGUACUCUUUCUAAACUGUUCUGGGUGGGUUAGCAGCCCCACGUUGCGGUGAGAUGCUGGUCGUGUACAACUUGCAAUGUUUGGUUUUGGGUUUGUUUUGGGUUUUUUUUUUAGCCUGCAGGGAUAUUUUGUGUUCAUGUGUCCAAAAAUAUUAAUGAUAAUAAUAAAAAAUUGGCAUUCUUGUGCCAAAUGUUCUGUUUUUCCUUGUUGAUGUCUAAUAAAUGCAAUGUACAGAGUGAGCAACCGAUACUGUUGCCUGUAAACAAAUGUCUUAAAUUAUUUAACUUUUAAUUAAAACUUGUACAGAAUGUGUAA